AAGAGGGGAACCUGCAGGAGGAACUGCAAAGGGAACCCGAAUUGUCUAGUCGGAAUUGGGGAACAAUCGUGGCUGGGAGAAAUUGACGAAAACGCCUUCCACAACAUUGAUGACCCAAACUCUGAAAGAAGAGACAAGGUAUGUUAUUCUCGAGCAUCCCACCUCCCCAGAAACAGCAUGCUGCUAGGUGGACUGGUGACUUUAAUUACCUCGAGGCGUUCCUUGGAUAGACUCCGGAUCCACUACAACCCUGACACGGAUAAAGCUUUCCCUAAAAGUGCUGAAGCUGAAACACAGGCAUCCGGGAGUCCUGGGGAAAUCCACUGGAAUAAGAUGAUCACUCAGCUCUUCUGUACCAAUUCUCUUUUUUUUGAAAAAAAGCAGUAAAAUGAAGCGACCACACAGCUGUGUAGCAAGUUUACCAGUUAAUAUAUUUAUAUUUUGCUAGUACAUUGCUUUGUAUCAUAUAAUUGUCACUACCUGAUUGUACAGUAAUUUUGAGCUACGAUAUGAAAAGUGCUCUAUAAAAGUUAAUUAUGAUUAUUAUUAUACUGAAUACAAAAAUUCAGAUAGUAUUCGAACAGCACAGUUCUGAUAGACACCCGUAAAGAAGAAGAAGAUGAUGAUGAUGAUGAUGAUGAUGAUCAAGGGUAUUUGGAACCUUUUUCAAGAAAGCAGAGUCCAUGUAAUGAUUUCGCACUUUCUGACGUGAACACGUUUGUGGGCCUGACGAAUCUCGGCGCCACCUGUUACGUGAACACUUUCCUCCAGGUGUGGUUCCAUAACCUGGAGCUGCGCCAGAUGCUUUACCAGUGUCACAGUUCCCGAGCUGAGGUGCACAACACGGAGUCGGAUUAUGAGCCGAAGACGAUAUGUGAACACCUGCAGUACCUGUUUGCUUUGCUGCAGAACAGCAACAGAAGGUACAUCGACCCCUCGGGUUUGGUGAAAGCGCUGGGACUGGAUACGGGGCAGCAGCAGGAUGCGCAGGAGUUUUCCAAACUCUUCCUUUCACUCCUGGAAGACACUCUGUCCAAGCAGAAGGACCCAAACCUCCAAAAUGUGAUUCAGCAGCAGUUCUGUGGACAGUUUUCUUACGUUACUGUAUGUAACCAGUGUGGACGUUCGUCUGCUUUACCGUCUCGGUUUUACGAGCUGGAGCUAAAUAUACAAGGGCACAAAAACCUGACGGAGUGCGUCACCGAGUUCCUCAAGGAGGAGAAAUUAGACGGGGAUAACCGCUACUUUUGCGAGAGCUGUCAGAGCAAGCAGUGUGCUACACGUCGGAUUAAGCUCCACAGCCUGCCGCGGACUCUCAACCUUCAGCUCAUGCGCUUUGUGUUUGAUAGGCAGUCCGGUCACAAGAAGAAGCUAAACACUUACAUUAGUUUUCCAGAAGUCCUUGACAUGAGUCCGUUUUUGGAAGGAAAAGAGGAGAAGUGUACGUACGAGCUGAGCGCUGUGCUGAUUCACCGCGGCGUGAGCGCCUACUCCGGCCACUACAUCGCUCACGUCCGAGACGCUCGCACCAACGACUGGUACAAGUUCAAUGACGAGGAGAUUGAGAAGAUGGAAGGCAAGAAGCUCCAGCUGGGCAUCGAGGAGGAUCUCGCUGAAACUGUGAAGUCACAGACCCGGAAGCCCAAAUAUAGCAAAGGCUUUCACUGUUCAAGAAACGCCUAUAUGUUGGUGUAUAAACGUCAGGAAGAGCAGGUGGACCAAACCCAGACCAGUGUGGAGGUGCCAGCCUUCCUCCAGAAGCUUGUGGACCAGGACAACAAGAAGUUUGAGGAAUGGUGCAGUGAGAUGGCGGAUAUGAGGAAGCAGAGCGUGGACAAGGGCAAAGCCAAACACGUUGAGGUCAAGGAGCUCUAUGAGCUGUUACCUCCACGAGAGGAUGAGCCGUAUGAGUUUGUCCCUGUGGAGUGGCUGAAAAAAUGGCUGGAUGACUCGACAGCCAUCAAAGAGAUUGACAACAGCCAUUUCCUGUGCUCGCAUGGAAAGUUGCACCCAGACCGCCUGAGCGAGGCCAAGCGCAUCUCCCACAGUGCUGCUCAGAUCCUCUUUAAUCGCUACGGUGGAGGACCCAGAAUAGACGGGUCAUUUCUGUGUAGAGAGUGUGUAGCACGACGGUGCCGUGUCCUGAGGCUUAAAAACCAACUCAAUGAAGACUACAGAGAGGUGACCAACCUGGCCAAGGCUCAGCUGAAAAGCAAUGAACAGGGUUUCUGGAUCGGGAAGGCGUCUCUGAGGCAGUGGAGGCAGCUGGCUCUGGAGCAGCUGGAGGAGGAGGAAGAGGAGACCAAACACAGCGACUGCAAAACAAACGGGGAAAAUUCCACAAGUGCAAAAGAUGGUGUGAAGGAGAAUGACAGAGAUGACGACGAGAUGAAGAGUUUUAAUGAAGACAUUCUCUGCUCUCACGGUGGUCUGAGUAUUCAGGAGAGUGAGAGGCGGCUGGUCACGGGUGAGGUAUGGAGCAAGCUGAAGGUUUAUUUCCCCAAAGCGCCGGAAUUCACGCAGCAACAGGAGCCCUGCCAGCAGUGCAUGAGGUUGGAGAGGGAAGGUAAAGAGAAUGAGGCUCUGAAUCGAAUGAUGGCCAACGAGCAAAAGAGCUCUCUCCUCAAUCUUUUCCACGAGAAGAAUCGUCCUUCACUGCAGAAGUGGCCCCAGGACACCGAUAUUCUCUACAUUGUGCCAUUAUUCUUUGUUGAUGAGUGGAGGAAAUUUAUCAGGAAGCCAGCCAAGUCGAACCCGGUGUCCAGCAUAGGAAACAGCAUCCUGCUGUGUCCUCAUGGCGGCUUCAUGUUCACCUACGACUCCUUGCUUCAGGGAGACGCCCAGCAUGUAGCUCUGCUCUGGCCUGCUGAAUGGGAGGUGAUCUGCAGGCUGUUCUUGGUGGACCAGCCCAUCUCCAUAUGCAGGAUCCACGACCCAGUGCAAGACAAUGGGAAUGUGCAGUAUCACACCCAGCCUGAGCUCUGUCGAGAAUGUCGCGAGGGCUUCAUAUUCCAGCAGCAGAGGGACUUGCGGGAGUACGCUCAGGCCACUGUCUAUGUGCGCAAAGUCAUCGACAGCAAGAAGAUGAUUAAAGAGGCUGCUCCUGAGUUCAGUAUGAGUGGGUCUGAAGCAGAGGAUGAGAGAGAAGAGCCCAAAAUAGAAGGAGAAAAAGACCCAGACUUCAAUCAGUCUGAGGACGGAGCGAAGCGGCAGAAGCUGAGUGAAGUGAGUCCUGCCAUCGCCAUCUCUUCCUCCUCCUCGUCCUCGUCCUCCUCUGCUGCUGCUUUGGGGAAAUCAGGGAUUCGGCGGAGCAUGCGGCACAGGAAGCUGCGCGGUGAGAAAGCCCUCAUCGUCUCCGCCAACCAGACCCUGAAGGAACUCAAGAUCCAGAUCAUGCACGCCUUCUCUGUCGCUCCGUUUGACCAAAACCUGUCCAUAGAUGGCCGAUCUUUAACCGACGACUCGGCCACGCUAGGAAGCCUUGGAGUCUUUCCAGAAAGCAUUAUUUGUCUAAAGGCUGAUGAGCCAAUUGCAGAUUACGCAGCUAUGGAUGAUGCGUACCAAGUCUGUUUGCCUGAAGAAGGAUUUAAAGGUACUGGACUACUAGGACACUGAUGGAGGCUCUGGAUGUGAUGAACACCAACAGCAUCCAUGUGAAAUAAAAAAAAAGCUUGAAUUAGACUGAGAAGUUGACUGAGAGAAUAAAGUCAGAUUUGUUUAGAGUCUGGUAUUUUUAUUUUUUUGGUUGCCUUGUAACUUAAAGUUGCAAUUCCUUUAAAGUUGUCUGUCUUUGCUUUGAAGAAAAAAAAAAACUAAACUAAAAAACACGUGUGUUGGCUUUUAAUAUUUCAAGCUGUUGAUGCAUUCUGUAAGUGCACACCAUGACUGUGAACAGAUACGGGUCGACACCUUAUAUAACAGCGUCUUUGUUCUUCGUGGCAGUGUCAUAUUAUCUCGAGACGAUGGAUUGAUGUUUAGACGCCCUUGAUAUUUUAGUUUCUGUAAAAGCUUCCAGAAAAUAUUUCAUUCAGCAGUCACAUGGUUACACACUGCAGUGUCUCUCAGAUAUUCAUGAAGAAUGCAUGAGCAACUUCAAUAUUAAAAAUGUGUCUGUGUAGCUACAAUUGAAAACGAAUUUUUUUUCACCAAAAAAUAAAAGAUAAAAAAAAAUCAAACUUCAGUAAAAGCAAUCUGUGGAGCGACAUGGAAGAAUAAUUUCCUAAAUGAGGAAAAAAAUAAAUGAAACCCUACACAAUAGUUAUGUUCUGCUAUUACUUGAAAUAUGAUGCAGACGUGUGUAAUAUUCUUUUCUGUAAAUCUUUCAUAUGGGAAAUAAAGUUCCUUUUUUUUCACAUGCUCA